UCAGGUUGGGAAGAAGGACUGGAUGGUGGUGAGAACCACGCUUAUGGAAAAACAUAAGAGUCUGAAACAACCCUCCAAGUUGGGAGGUGAUGGAGAGUCGUUCUGAAAAAGGACGAAAGGAAGAAGUGCACCCCAAAUUCACGUUUCUCCUGCUGCUUGUUUAGCUUCGUAAAAUAGAGUGGGGAUGGCACUUUCUUAAUGUUGUGAGGAAGUGAACAUAUAUGCUUACAUACAUGAUUGAGACCAGAGAGAGAGAGAGACAGACAGACAGACAGACACCCUUGGAGAGUAUUGAGUGGAGCAUUAUAGACAUAAACGGAUGGCCAGGAUCCAGGUGUGGAAUCAGUAUAGGAGGCGGAAACAGCAGGAUUGUCAAAGGCCGACCCAGACUACGUAGAAAGACUCUGGUCUCCAAAAAUAAAGCUUAAAAAAAAAAAGAAAAAGAAAAAGAAAGUUGAAACAAAAUGAAGAAGGUGGAGAAAGUCAAUUGGAGGUUUGAGUUGGGUUACAGGAAAAAGAGAGGAAAAAAUAGGUUGGGAAGAUGAUUUCGUAAACUACAUAACUACAUGCUGGGCAAGAAAGAACAAAGGCUUGAGUUUGAGGGUGUGGGUGGCUUGUGACUGAACCUUAGUACUGGCAGGAAAAAAGAUACGGUGAUAAGAUGGACUGAGAAAGAGACUGAGGUCUGAAGACAGACAGCAAGAGAAACAAACCCAGGAAGGGUUUGAGCCUUGAAAUAGUCCAGAGAAUCAGAGAUGGUCAGGGACAAAUUUAUAGAGAAAAUGGAAGAUCAGGUAAUCUAAAAGCUCAAGAGAAGCCAGGUUUUGGUGCACACCUGUAUUCCCAUCACUUUGGAGGGUGAUUUUAUUCCAGUCUGGGCUACAGUGGCAGGUCUGUGUCCAGAAGCCAUACCCUGUCUGAAGUAAAUGAAUGAGAGUUCGGUAUGAUGGCGCUUACCUGCAAUCCCAGCACUUGGGUGAUGAGUUCAGAGUCAUCCUUAACCCGUGUAGAGAGUUCAAGGUCGUCCUGGACUAUAUGAGACCUCUAUGUCAAACAAAACCCAAAUCAAAUGAAUGAAUGCUUGAAAGAAUAGACUCCUUGGCAGGCAUGGGAUGCUGAUGUUGGGUCUAGCAUGCGUAGGCAGUUUAUUGCCUUAAAGGAGCCCUCUCCUUUUUACAGUCCCUGUUUUCUGAGGAUCACUGGCUGCAUAUUCUAGUAGCUUUCCUAAGCCUUGUCCUCGUUCCCCUCUAGACUAGCAGUCCCAUCGUCUGCCCAGCUUCAGAUUACUCAGAAGUGAUGUACUCUGCCUGGUGUCUGCUCUGUCUGUGGGAGUCAACCCAGCCACUUCUCAAGGUCUCCCUCACUCAAGAGCUCCAACAGUUCCUAGGGUUGGACUGAGUCCUCUUCCACCCCUGUGACUGCGUAAAGUAAACUUCUGGACUCUGAGACUGAAGGCUGAGUUGCAUCCAGGACCUGGAAGUCCAGAAUGAGCCCUUGUCCCCUUCAGAGAUCACUGCAGAAGUCAUGAGGUCCCUCGUGUGUCCCCAGCUCCUUCAGGCCCCUGGCUGCCCACCCUGCCAUCCACAGUGCUCCCGUGCAAGGAAAGGGGAGUUCACCUCCAGUUCCUGCUUGCUGGAGACGGGGCAUGGGGUGUAGGUGAGAAUACUUGGGUCCAAGUGAUCAGAACAGAGACUACUUCUGACAACACUGUGAUAGGAACCAUGCCCCCUCCCAGGACCAGGGAGGAGAGGGACCGCGGAGACAGGGACCGCGGAGACCGGCACCACCAUCGAGCUCCCAGGGAAGAAGAGGCCCUGGAGAAAUGGGACUGGAAGUGUCCCGAGACUCGGCGCCUCUUGGAAGACGUAUUCUUCCGCGAUGAGGAUUACAUCCGUCGUGGUUCCGAGGAAUGCCAGAAGUUCUGGGCUUUCUUUGAACGCCUGCAGAGAUUCCAGCACCUCAAGGCCUCCAGGAAGGAGGAGAAGGACCCUGGCCAUCCCAAACACGGCAUCCCUGCUCUCGCUGACCUACCUCGCACAUAUGACCCACGCUACCGCAUCAACCUCUCCAUCCUCGGCCCAGACACUCGGGGCCGUCAGGGGCCGGGCAGGUGGCUGCCCCCCGAGAAAGUGUCGGAGUUCCGUCGGGCUCUGCUACACUACCUGGACUUUGAGCAGAAGCAGGCUUUUGGGCGGCUCGCCAAACUGCAGCGUGAGCGGGCGGCGCUUCCCAUCGCCCAGUACGGGAACCGCAUCCUGCAGACACUCAAGGAGCACCAGGUGGUGGUGGUGGCCGGCGACACUGGCUGCGGCAAGUCCACCCAGGUCCCCCAGUACUUACUGGCUGCUGGCUUCAGUCAUGUGGCGUGCACGCAGCCCCGGAGGAUCGCCUGCAUCUCACUGGCCAAGCGGGUCGGCUUCGAGAGCCUCAGUCAGUAUGGUUCCCAGGUUGGCUACCAGAUCCGCUUUGAAAGCACACGCUCGGCGGCCACCAGAAUCGUGUUUCUGACAGUCGGGCUGCUCCUGCGCCAGAUCCAGCGCGAGCCCGGCCUGCCCCAGUACCAGGUCCUGAUCGUGGACGAGGUCCACGAGCGCCACCUGCACAACGACUUCCUGCUGGGGGUCCUGCGCCGCCUGCUGCCCCGGCGGCCUGACCUCAAGGUCAUCCUCAUGUCGGCCACCAUCAACAUCUCUCUCUUCUCCAGCUACUUCAGCCACGCUCCGGUGGUGCAGGUGCCUGGGAGGCUCUUCCCCAUCACGGUGGUGUACCAGCCGCAGGAGGCAGAGCAGACAGCGUCCAAGUCAGAGAAGCUGGACCCGCGGCCUUUCCUGAGAGUGCUGGAGGCCAUCGACAAUAAGUACCCCCCUGAGGAGCGGGGGGACCUUCUUGUCUUCCUCAGUGGCAUGGCAGAGAUCAGCACGGUGCUGGACGCUGCGCAGGCCUAUGCCAGCCUCACCCAGCGCUGGGUGGUGCUGCCGCUCCACAGUGCUCUCUCUGUGGCCGACCAGGACAAGGUGUUCGAUGUGGCUCCAGCUGGAGUACGGAAGUGCAUCCUGUCCACCAACAUUGCUGAGACCUCGGUCACCAUCGACGGGAUCCGCUUUGUGGUGGAUUCUGGGAAGGUGAAGGAGAUGAGCUACGACCCGCAGGCCAAACUGCAGCGGCUGCAGGAAUUCUGGAUCAGCCAGGCCAGCGCAGAGCAGCGCAAGGGCCGAGCGGGCCGCACGGGGCCCGGCGUCUGCUACCGCCUCUACGCCGAGUCUGACUACGACGCCUUGGCCCCAUACCCAGUCCCGGAAAUUCGCAGGGUGGCCCUGGACUCACUGGUGCUUCAGAUGAAGAGCAUGAGCGUAGGGGACCCACGGACCUUCCCCUUCAUCGAGCCCCCUCCACCUGCCAGCCUGGAAACCGCUAUCCUGUAUCUCCGCGACCAGGGGGCCCUGGACAGCUCAGAGGCCCUCACCCCCAUUGGGUCUCUGCUGGCCCAGCUGCCUGUGGACGUUGUGAUUGGGAAGAUGCUGAUCCUGGGCUCCAUGUUCAGCCUGGCAGAGCCCGUGCUGACCAUUGCUGCUGCCCUCAGCGUCCAGUCACCGUUCACCCGGAGUGCCCAGAGCAGCCUGGACUGCGCCACUGCCCGGCGGCCCCUGGAAAGUGACCAGGGCGACCCCUUCACGCUCUUCAAUGUCUUCAACGCCUGGGUGCAGGUGAAGUCUGAGCGCAGCGGGAACUCUCGCAAGUGGUGCCGCCGCCGGGGUGUGGAGGAACACCGGCUGUACGAGAUGGCCAACCUGCGGCGCCAGUUCAAGGAGCUGCUGGAGGAUCACGGGUUGCUGAGUGGGGCCCAGGUGGCGGCCCCCGCGGACAGCUACAGCCGACUGCAGUGGCGUCGGGAGCGCCGCGCCCUGCACCAGCUGAAGCGGCAGCACGAGGAGGAGGGCGGGGGACGCAGGCGCAAGGUGCUGCGGCUGCAGGAGGAUGGCUGCUCCAGUGACGAGGACCGCGAGGGCUCCGCCUCCCAGCGGGCCGACAGCGUUGACAUCCAGGAUGUGAAGUUCAAGCUUCGGCACAACCUGGAUCAGCUGCAGGCGGCCGCCAGCUCAGCCCAGGACCUGACCCGCGACCAGCUGGCCCUACUCAAGCUGGUGCUGGGGCGGGGCCUCUACCCGCAGCUGGCUGUGCCCGAUGCAUUCAACAGUGGCCGCAAGGACUCGGACCAGAUUUUCCACACCCAGGCCAAGCAGGGCACCGUCCUGCACCCUACCUGUGUCUUCGCCAGCAGCCCUGAGGUAUUGCACACACAGGAGCAGGAGGCCUCGGGCCGUGAAGGGAGGAGCCAAGAUGGCAAGGACCAAAUGAGCUGCAAGCACCAGCUGCUGGCCUUCGUCUCCCUGCUGGAGACCAACAAACCAUACCUGGUGAACUGCAUCCGCAUCCCGGCCCUCCAGUCCCUCCUGCUGUUCAGCCGGUCCAUUGACACCAACGGUGACUGCUCCCGCCUGGUAGCUGACAGCUGGCUGGAGCUGCAGCUCGCAGAUAGUGAGAGUGCCGUCCGGCUCCUGGCAACGUCGCUGCGGCUCCGUGCCCGCUGGGAAAGUGCCUUGGACCGGCAGCUGGCUCACCAGGCCCGGGGGCGGCAGAGGCUGGAGCAGGAGGAAGAGGUGGAGUCUCCAGCAGUCGGCCCCCAGGAGGUGGCUGCCCUGAGCCGGGAGCUGCUGCAGUUCAUGGCGGCCAAGGUCCCCUACAGCCUCCGACGGCUCACUGGCCUAGAAGCCCAGAACCUCUAUGUGGGACCCCAGACCAUCACAGCCGCCCCUAGCCUGCCCGGCCUCUUUGGGAACUCUACCCUGUCUCCCCACCCCACCAAGGGGGGCUACGCGGUCUCCGAUUUUCUCACCUACAACUGUCUCACGAGCGACACCGACCUGUACAGUGACUGCCUGCGCUCCUUCUGGACCUGCCCGCACUGUGGCCUGCACAUGCCAUUCACACCCCUGGAGCGCAUCGCUCACGAGAACACCUGUCCCGAGGCGCCGCGGGAUGGUCCAGGGUCUGAGGAGGCCGCUCCCGCACCGCCACAGAAGACCUCGGCCCUGCAGAGGCCCUACCACUGCCCGGUGUGCGGGGAGGACUUCCUCUUCACCCCCACGGAGGUGCUGAGACACCGCAGGCAGCACCUGUGAUCCAGUGCUCCAGGGAGCACCCCAGGUGGGGCACAGUGGGGGGUCCCUGUGAAUAAAGCAGACUUUGCAUCUGAA